ACUUAUUAUUUUUCUGGCCCAUCUCGCUGCCUGGCACCCACGACCCCGUCGCUCGUCUUCCUCCUCGGGCGAGCGCCGCCACUACCCAUCCCGCUGUCGAGCGCCCCAACCCCCUCGCUCCGUUGCUCGUUUUCCUCCUCGGGCAAGCGCCGCCACCAGAUUGAUCUCUCCUUCGAUUCUCUCGCUCCCGGCCGUUUCUCCUCCCAUCACCUCACGAAUGGAUUCCGGCCUUUAGGCCCCCGUUUCAUGUCCUUGAUCUCCCCCAAUUCGUAACUGAGGCAAAAAUCAAGGUAGGGCGGCCGCCCUACCUUGCCCUACUGGGUCCUCCGCCCGUGAGUAGUUCGGUGCUGUCCCGCAGAUGGAGAACCGCGGCGCGUUCGGAUCGACGAAGAGAUCGCGCAAUGACGUGUCUGUAAGGGAAGGGGACUGGAAUUGUCUUCAGUGUGGUAAUGUCAACUUCAGUUUUAGAAACGUUUGCAACCGUGGAGCCUGUGGUGCACCUCGUCCAUCACCGAGUCCAAGCCCAAGACUGAUGCCAGCGCCUGCUGGUGGUGGAUACGAUCGAUCACCUCUGUUUUAUGGUAGCACUGGUGCCCCACCUCACAUUCCUCUUGGAUCUGCUGGCUAUGGUGCUCCAUAUCCACAUCUUGGAAUGCGAUAUGGGUAUGGUCCACCUGUAGGAGCUCCUGGUUCAUAUGGUCUCAUUUCUUCUUAUGGUCAACCUGGCCCAAUGGGAGGACCAAUGGGAGGCCCAAUGGGAGGGAUGGGUUAUGGCCCCGGACCUGAGUUGGGUCGAUAUGGACCUGACUUGGGCCGAUAUGGCUAUGGGUUUAGAGGAUCUCCAAUGCCGGUUUCUAGCCCGUGGUCUGGUGGAGUAGUGGAAAGUAAUGACAGCACAGCUUCACGAAAGCGCCGUGGAGGCCCAGAUGGAAUGUCUGAGGGUGACUGGAAGUGCCCCAAGUGUGAAAAUAUCAAUUUUGCCUUCAGAAACACUUGUAACAUGAAGAAAUGUGGAGCUCCAAGACCAACUCCUGGAGCUAACUCAAGCUCAACUCAGAAGGACAAGGAUGCUCCAGAAGGGAGCUGGACCUGUCCUGAGUGCAAUAACCUGAACUACCCCUUCCGCACAGCGUGCAACCGGAAGGGAUGCUCAAGCAGUAAGCCAGCCUCGUCGAACAACUAAAGAGAACUAUCGUCAAAAGUCAAAACAUUGUUGUACCCUAGCUAUACAAGUUUACUGUAAACUGCACAAGCGUGUUCCAUGUAGAGGAGUCUGUUCCGUAUGGAGGGAGAUUUAUUGUGUUUGAUUUUGCAUGUACCUUGCAAAUUGUGUUGAAAGUGAACUAGGCUUUAUAUACUUUCACUACUUGGCACA